AUANGUGAAAAAGUAUUCCCUUGUAUGAGCAAUCUUCAAGGUCAUAUGAGAAUCCAUACGCAGGGAACUAAAUUCAUUUGCCCACAAUGUAAUAAAGAAUUUGCUCUUUCGAGGAAUCUCAAUAUCCACAUGCGAUCCCACAGUGGAGAAAAACCUUACGAAUGUCCAAUCUGUAAGAAACGAUUUGCCAGAAAGGAAAACAGAAAAGCUCAUUUAAAAUCGCACACGGGUCUUAAACCGUUCAUGUGUCCUCAUUGCGGAAAAACCUUUUCCAGAAAAUGUCACGUGAAAGAACACAUGAGGAUUCACAUAACUUCCACUACUCAUCCAUGCGAAAUGUGCAGUGAAACAUUUUCUUCCACACGACAAUUGAGACGACAUAUGGUGAAUGCUCAUCAAAAACAUUACGAUCACGUGUGUACCGUCUGCGGGGACGUAUUCGAACACGCCAAGAGCCUCGAUCAUCAUCUCCAAAAAGCUCAUCAAGUACUGACAACAUGCGUGGAAGACAAUUCGUUAGAGGAGAUGUCGGAGUCAUCGCCGGGUCAAAGUUCGUCUUCUGGUGACUUGAAAGAUCUAGAAAGUAGCGAAUGCAGUAGUAUGUUAGAAGAAGGAGCGGAGUCACCCGUUUCUGUCACUGAUGAUAGUGUAGUACCCCCGGCCGAGGCGUCCAGUUAAAUGUCACCAAAGCGAUCAUCACCAGCUGCCUUGUGUCU